AUGGCUGUUUUACCCCCAAAGUCUGCAGCAGCCUCGAAAGGCGGCUCAGGCGCCAGGUUUAGACAGCGAAAAAUCUCCGUCAAGGUUUCCUUACCCAUAUAUAAUCAAAAGGACCUUGUUGGAGGCGAUGCCGAGCUAGAACCAUCCCAGCUACAUCAUCUAAAUGCGAGCUCUUCACAACAACCUCGUGAUAUGCAUAGCAUAGAGACGGGUGUCGAUAAGAACGAAGAAGAUGAGGUCCAUCUCCAACAAGUCAUCAAUGCUGCUCAAAGAGUGUUGUUAGGCUCCAUUAAGGAUGAGAAAGAUAAGAAAGAUAGCUCCGUUUACAUCCCCACACCAGAUGCUUCAAAGCUUUGGAAAGAUGCAUCGAAAUACUACAAUGAUAAUACUUUUGUUGAGCCUGAGUCCUACAUCAAGUUCAGUGCAACUGUGGAAGAUACUCUCGGUGUUGAAUACAACAUGGAUGAGGAAGACGAAGAGUUCUUCAAGAAUGUUCUUGUUAAGGAAUACCCAAAGUUGAACAAGAAAACUGAGAAGAAAAAGGAGUCCAAUGGAGACGAGACAAGACCGUGCUCUGAGAUCGAGUGUGAAAUUGUCUUGGAUAAGUUUGAAAAAACAAUUGAGGAAAAACAACCGUUUCUUUCCAUGGACCCAUCCAACCUCCUUCCUUACUCAGAACUUUCCUCAUACAUACUCGAAGAGUUCAACUCCAAGGGUAACAAAGAAUAUCCAUACCUGCAACCUGGACCUAACUUGAAUUACAUGUCCACUUCCACACUCAAGGAAAACCUUUCCAAGGAACUUAAUUAUGAUCCAUUCAUCACUUUGUUUGACAAGAAUCCACGCGACACCUCCAGUUUGCUGAAGACGAGACCCAUCCCCUUGCUCAUGCAGCUCUUUGGUCAAGCAAUCUACGACCAUUGGAAGAAGAGAAAAAUCGAGCGCAAAGGUAAGCAAAUCACUCCGCAAUUAAAAUUUGAGGAUCCCAAUGCAAAUGAAAAGGAUAAUGAUAAUGACCCAUACAUUUGUUUCCGCCGUCGUGAGUUUCGUCAGGCACGUAAAACUAGACGAGCUGAUAAUUUGGGUGCUGAGAGAAUCAGACUUCUUCAAAAAUCCUUGCGUAAGGCCAGAGACUUGGUCUUCAAUGUUUGCAAGCGUGAGCUUCUCAAACUUGACUACUGGAAUUCUGAGUAUGAGGUAUUCAAGACUCGUUGUGAAACGAAGAGUGUCAAGAGAAUUGCCGGUGUUAAAGGUGAUGAUCACUUGUUUUACCCACACAAGAGACGGAAGCUUCCAAAGAUCGAGACUGAGGAAGACGAGUACGACACUCCAACCACCAAGGUUCGCAAAGAGAGAAAGAAAACUUCAGAAAUGGAACCAUCUACCUCGUUGUCAUCCAAAGAGAAGCAAGUCGCAGGCCAGGUGCAACCUGAAGCAUCCACUAACCAGCCAUAUGUUAAGUUACCUCCUUCAAAGAUUCCAGACUUGGACUUGGUUACCGUGAAUUUGGUGUUGAAGGAGAAGAACGAGACUAUCAAAAGAGCUGUGCUUGAGAAAUUGCGCAAGAGGAAGGAACAUGAUAGAGGUUAUGUGAACAUUACAUAUGAUCCCUACCAGCCUUUCUUCAAUCUUACCACGAAUGAUUUGAAUCCACAUCUAGAGUUGAGUCAUAUUCCUUAUUCAUCAAUUGCAGCUAGCAAUUAUCAUCAGGUGAACACGACCAAUGUCAUCAGUGACUCUUUGAAGAGGUUGUUAGAGGAUGCCAAGAAGCCUUUGCCAGGAAUGAAGACUUUCAAGGGAAGCAACGGAGAGCUUGUGCCAUCGAAGCCGUUCCCACACUUGCAGACUUUACUUGAUGACCACAUCAAUUCGAAGAACAAUUCAGAGAGUUACAUUGCACAUUUGCUAACGAGCAUCCAGAAUAACGACUUUAGCUCGUACACCGAAGGCUACAACAAAAAAGGAGUUACGGAUGAGGAGAAUUCCAAGUGCUCAGCUCCUAUCUUCAGAAUGAGAAAGCGCCAGGGUCGCGUCAACCAGCAAUUUAUAGAUAGAAGAGGCCUUAUGAGAAGGCCCGAUGCUGAGAUUGACUCUUGGUUGAAUGAAUCUGAUCUGAUGAAUGAAUCAAGCGAUGAAGAUUUGAUGGAUGUCGACGGUGCUAAGUCACCAGACUCUGAGGCUUCAUCAGUCACCAAUGCAUAUGACAGCAAAGCCGAUGCUAUUAAACGGUUGGAUUCGCGUUGGCAAUUUGACAACGACUACACCGAAACUGACAAAGGCAUCAGGAGUCCAUUCAGUUUGGAUCCCUCGAGACUCAAUUGCAUCAGUGAUGAGACGCAAUCUAUCAGGUUCGGCUCAAUGCUUCUUUCGAAGUCCUACGAUUUGUUAAGGGAAAGUGCACACCAGAGACAGCUCUUGAUGCAGCAGGCGCGGAUGAGGGCAUUGCAGCAGCAUCAACUAAAUAAUAGAAACCACCUGCAAAGCCUGCAUCAGUCGUCACCAGAAGCUCAAAGCCAGGACACCUCGAAAGCAGGAGCUGCUCAAGGUGCCAGCAACAUUUACAAGAAAAAUGGUGGCACAAUGGGAACGGCCGUGGCGAGAACACCACAGCAGCUUCAUGCGAUCCAACAAUUCCGGAAGCAACAGAACCAGCAGCAGCUCAAUCAAGCAUAUCUCGCCCAAAAGCGAAAUGGCGGCGGCGGCAGCAUGUCUCCAGGGCCAUAUAACGGGAAUGCUGGUGCCAACACACAACUGUACAAUAACAACGCUAAGUAUACAACGGCAACCAUGCAGAGUGGUCGUCGCUAA